AUAGUUAUUCCGCAACAAUGACGUUAUACUUGAUAGAGAAGUNUGCUUAUGACCAUGUUAAAUAUUUACGAUAAAAAUUACACCACGAGUACAGAGUAUACAGUUCCGUAUUCGCCGCAACGGAAACAGGAACUGCUGCUCGACUAACUAGAAAGCUGGGAGAUAGGAGUAUUUACGGUCUACUGAAAACAUAUCUUCAUUAGGCCUUCUAAUUUCAAACGUAAAAUGUGAAAUAUCAGGCCGUAUCUCUAGUAGGCCGUGGUCACCGUCUAUGUAAACCAAUAGUACGAACAACAACUCAGUCUCAAUGCAAACAUUACAGCCUAUACACAUGAAACAAUGGUAUUCGAUUUAAACAGGGAAUUGAAAAACUAAAACCGUCUUCAGUGAUGUGAGAAGUGAAUUAUAAUCGUGCCUUUGUCUCAUAUAUGAGCUGUAACCAGUAAUGGUUGUAUUGAAACUGACCCAAAAGUGUUUACGUAUCUAAUAAACAACUUACCACAACUAUAGUGAUGUCAUAAUGGUAAUUGUUACAGAAGACGAGGAAGUAGUGGUAGAGGAACCAACACAAGUCGUUGCUAAGCAACCAGAAACAAACAGUUAUCCACCACUAAGAGUGUGCACUAGCAGCGCUAAAGGGUCCAACGAAGCUCUUUCCUCGGCCAUACAGCAACUCAACUGGAGAGAAUGCAAAAACGGGUCAAAACCUGGCCCCAUCGACAUAUAUUGGGUUGGCCUUGGUUUUGACGAGCAAGUUUACAGCAAACCAGGUGUUUAUGCGGUGAAUAAACUACCUGGUAUGGUGGAACUUGUACAGAAGGUUCAUUUAUCGCGAAUAAUCAAGAGAAUGCAACUUUUAUUUCCCGGCGAGUUCGACUUUUACCCACCCACCUGGUUCCUACCCGAGCAAUAUCAUCAAUUUGUUGGCGAAAUGACCGUCAACAAAAAGCCGAAGGCAAACAGGCAGAUAGCGACACCACGCGGUGGUACACCAGUCACCAAACGUGAAAGUCAAACUUACAUAGUGAAACCUGAUACUGGUAGCCAGGGUGAGGGGAUUCACCUAGUUAGCGACCCACGUGACGUACACGCAGUUGUUGGGGCGAGGCCUGCUGUUGUACAAAAAUACAUUGAAAAUCCAAUACUUCUCGAUGGUUAUAAGUUCGACCUUCGAAUGUAUGUAGUUGUUGCAAGGCUUCAUCCAGUUGAGAUUUAUCUAUGCAAGGACGGCUUAGCAAGAUUAUGCACUGUACCUUACGAGCCCCCAUCUGCAACAAACAUCAACAACACGCUUAUGCAUCUCACUAAUUAUAGUUUGAACAAGAACAGUGGUGACUUUAUACACACUACAGCAGCGAACACGGGAUCUAAGCGAACCUAUAGCAGCGCUAGACGGAGUCUACGCAAGCAAGGAUAUAACGUUGACAAGAUACACGACAAAAUUGUUGACGUAGUCAUAAAAACGGUACUUUCCCUUAUUCCUGACGUCACAAUUUGGGACCACGUGACGAACAAAUCGAAACUUGUCAGAUCUUUUCAAAUUUUGGGAUUUGAUAUUUUGCUGACGUCAGACGAAAAGGUUCAUCUGCUUGAAGUUAAUUCGUCCCCGAGUACAGGCAUUGAUGCGGAACGUGAGACCAAACCCGGAAGUGGUGUCAUGCAAACGAUUAUUAGCCCCGUGGACGAACAGAUAAAAGUCCCCCUUCUGCGAGACUCGUUAAGAUUAAUCGCAUACGGUGAAAACGAGCUGGAUAUGUCGAAGUCGUGUUUAGAACGUAUCUACCCGGCUCAGUGUUUGAACCCGCACCCUAAGGAUCAUAAAUCAACGACGGACCUUGAAACAGACAACAAAAAUUCUUCCAAGAAUCAACAAUUGUUAAACACAUUCACCGAAAGAAAACCAACGACUCCAGAGCCCCAUCUACCGGUACACAUAAACGUCAAUCAACAAAACGAAGAAAAGUCAGAAAGCAACACAAAUUAUUUCGAUAAUCCACUUUUGAAACCUCAUUUGGAAACAACUACACCAACUAGCAUUGUGCCGCAUAAGAGACAGAAACGUUUUACUGUGGUCAAGUGUAGGCAGGAGUAUGCGAUUACAAUGGAAGAAUGGAGAUUAUAUUCAAAGAAGAAACCCUUAGUCGCAUCAAAAAAAUCUCCAUCAAAUCAAGCGAAUAAAAAGUUACAAAAUGUUGUAAAACCGCAACCGCACGUUGGCGCUACCGAGGACGGAUUAUUUGACUUUCCAAGUAUUUGUCCCACUUGUGGAGGUUAUGUAGGAGGGGUAGGGUCGGGGUUAAUUACAACCCAACAACUCUAUAAAUCUACGUUAUCAACAAAUGACGUGUACGAUGACGUCACAAGUGUGGAAACAUUCGAAAAAAACACUGACGUCAUAACACCAAACUGGAAAUCUGACAACGAGAGUGACGUCACGUGGGAAAAUGACGUCAUACCGUCUACACGGCGAGCACAAAUGCCACCGAAAAGCAUCUAUUUCAACUCUGCCCAACUUUACGAUCGCAACGACGUCACGAUUCGAUCGGUGACGUCACAUACGACGUCACACACUAAACCACCAAAGAAAGCUCGUUGCUUAAAAUGCGAAUCUGUGCUCGCGUCUGAUGACGUCAUAACUAACCGAAGACAACCAGAAGUGAAAGAAAACUUCUCAAUACAGGAAGUGACGUUAUUGAAGCGAGCGGCGGCAGUGUUUAUCUUUUUCAACGGUUUUAAAACAAGUUUAAGAAUCGGGGCAACUGCGUUCAGGAACAUGGCACGUAGGUGUCGCUUGUGCGAGCAGGGCUCUAUGCCCGCGGUCGAUAUACUCUUUAUCGACACCAUGCGGCAGUGGCGGGGCUAUACAGAAGCAAGGGGAUCUCCCUUUUACGAUACUUUCAAAGGAAAGAACCCAGUGACGUCACACCAACCGGCUGGACUACCUUUUCAAGGGUUCCUAGAAGCUUUGUUUAGGUUGGCCAAAUCUCGAUUCAGGGGAAGCACCUUAAAAGAGAAACUUGAAAGUUUGCUCUCAAACUGUGAGUGUUACGUCACAGAGGCGAUGAGAGCCGACAAACUCAUAAAAAGGCGCCACCAAGCGAAAUAUUUUAAGAAACCUAUGACGUCACCGAGAAUCACUUGUUCCACGUCACAAAGAAUUCCAUUUUUCCAAUCUUAAAAUUUAAUUUUGCAAUUUAGUUCUAAAAUAGAUCAUUUGCGAUUUUGAUGACGUAAUACGUUAAUGACGUCGAUGAUGACGUAUAUUAGGGUCGAUGAGGGAUUAACAGACAAGUGUUUUAUAUCCAAGGAAUUAUAUGAGAUUUUCAUUCAUUACAACAUAUGGUUAAGAAAUGUUUUGUGUUGAUGCUUUGUAAGCGGAUAGUACGCAUCGUGAUGUCAUAUUGUUUGAUUGUGACGGAGAUAAUGGGUGUGAUGGUUUAAAUUUUGAAUUGUGACGUCAUGCAGGGUGAAUAAAGUAAAUCGUGGAUCGUGGGAAAAUCAGCAAUAAAUAAAAAAAUAAAAACAAUUUGUUAGUGAUAUAACCACUUAUGGUCAGUGUACAUAUAUAUAACAUUUU